CGACUUUCGACUUCCUUCCUCCUUCGAAGAGCAAGCCAAAGCUACUGCUGCAAUGGCAAAGCUAAUUGUCUUGUGCUUGACAUUUAUCGCGUUAUACAUCAAUGUCGACGCCGUUUUUGAGGAUCAAGUAGGAAAAUUUGACUGGAGGCAACAAUAUGUUGGCAAGGCACGCUUUUCCAAUUUCGACCAACAUGUGCAGUCCUCCAAAAAGGUUCUUGUGGCAACAGAGAAUAAUGUUUUUGCUGCACUCAAUACAAGGACUGGAGAACUCUUCUGGCGACAUGUGGAUAAAACUGGGCCAGAGGGAAACAUUGAUGCUCUUCUGCAUCAUGGACAAGAUGCCAUGCUGGUGGUUGGUAAUGGUCGCCUGCUGCGCUCCUGGGACAUAAAUGUUGGUGGUUUGAAUUGGGAGGUUGUGCUUGACUCUGGCAGUUUUCAGUCAGCAUGUCUAGUUGGACAGCAAGAAAACACAAAACACGUGGCUGUUUUGAAGAAAACUGCCAUCUCUCUCCAUUAUCUUUCUAAUGGUCAUCAGAAAUGGAUAGAGAAUCUACCAGAAAGUGAAACAGUGGAUUACCAGGCUGUGUACUCUGGUGGAAAUGGUGAGGUGUACGCACUGGGAGUCGUUCCUCAUUCCCACGUUGCUAUUGUUGCUUACAGUUUGGACGAUGGAGAGAUAAUCAAACAGAUCUCAGUUGAAGCCCCAUGGCUGUCCAACAUACAGGCCAACUGUGUAGUAAUUGGUGAGGGGAUGUUACUGUGUGUGGACUCUCCAUCUGUAUCCCUGUACAUGCUUGACUUGCAUGUGCAGUCACAGAUGACCCAGAUCCCCUUGCAGUCACUGGGACUUGAAGUUGCCCCAGGCUUCCAUCCUGUACUGGUCUCCACCCAGCCCAACCCAGCCCGCCAGCCACUGUCCGAGUUUUUCCUUCAGCUCGCGCCUGAACACCACCUACUUCUCCAGCUCAACGAUGGACAGAUAGUCACACUGAGGGAUUUCAAGCCUGCCAUGCUUGUUGCAUUUGCAACCACUGGAGAGAAGACUGUUGCUGCUGUCAUGUCUGCCAAGAAUAAAACUGCUUCCAUUAUUAACCUAUUCAGUGCAGAAACUGGACGCAGACUUCUCGACACGACACUCAUUUUUAAUAUGGUUCCUAAUGGUGGUAAACCAGAAAAGCUGCAUGUACAGGCAUUCCUCAAGAAAGAUGACUCUGUUGGCUACAGGGUCAUGGUGCAGACAGAAGACCACACACUCACAUUCAUACAACAGCCAGGGCGUGUAAUGUGGACAAGAGAGGAGGCCCUGGCAGAUGUGGUGACGAUGGAAAUGGUGGAUCUGCCUCUCACAGGAACGCAGGCAGAGCUGGAGGGAGAGUUUGGCAAAAAGGCUGCCAUUCAAGAUGGCCUGUUGUCCAUGGUGCUGAAGAGGCUCUCCUCUCAGCUUAUCUUGCUUCAGGCCUGGAUCGCCCACCUCUGGAAGCUCUUCUAUGAUGCACGGAAGCCUCGCAGUCAAGUCAAAAAUGAUGUGACCAUCGAGAACCUCUCCAGAGAUGAGUUCAACUUGCAGAAAAUGAUGGUUAUGGUUACUGCAUCUGGGAAGCUCUUUGGGAUUGACAGCAAAACCGGCAGUAUUUUAUGGAAGCACUACCUGGAUAACAUCCCAUCGAACGCAGCCUUCAAACUGAUGGUGCAACGAACGACUGCACACUUCCCUCAUCCACCACAGUGCACACUGCUCAUCAAAGACAAGGAUACAGGCCUGGCCACACUCCAUGUUUUCAAUCCCAUCUUUGGAAAGACGAGUCACGUCACUCCACCCACUCUGCCUCAGCCAAUACUUCAGUCUCUCCUGCUGCCUGUCAUGGACCAGGAUUAUGCCAAAGUCUUACUACUUGUUGAUGACCAGUAUAAGGUGUCUGCUUUUCCCUCCACAAAGAACGUACUAAAGCAGCUCCAGGAGAUGGCUCCCUCCAUAUUCUUUUAUCUUGUUGACUCUAGUCAGGGAAGACUUUCUGGCUACCGGCUACGGACGGACUUGUCAACUGAGCUGAUCUGGGACGUCGUCAUGCCAACCGAGGUACAGAGGAUCAUCUCGGUCAAAGGGAAAAGGCCUAAUGAGCAUGUGCACUCCCAGGGCAGAGUAAUGGGUGACCGAAGUGUCCUCUAUAAGUAUCUCAACCCUAAUCUCCUGGCGGUGGUGACUGAGAGCACUGACUUGCAUCAGGAGCGAAGCUUUAUCGGAAUCCUCCUGAUCGAUGGCGUGACCGGUCGUAUCAUCCACGAGGCCGUUCAGAGAAAGGCCAAAGGACCCGUGCAUGUUGUGCACUCAGAAAACUGGGUGGUGUAUGAAUUCUGGAGUACCAAAUCUCGCAGGAAUGAGUUCUCUGUGAUCGAACUGUAUGAAGGAAUGGAGCUCUACAACAGCACAGUGUUCAGCUCACUGGAUCGGCCUCAUGCCCCUCAGGUUCUUCAGCAGUCUUACAUUUUCCCCUCUGCCAUUUCUACAAUGGAGGCGACGCUGACUGAAAAAGGCAUCACCAGCCGCCAUCUGCUUAUUGGCUUGCCCUCUGGAGGCAUUCUGUCGUUACCCAAAAUGUUCCUUGAUCCUCGGAGGCCAGAAAUAGUUUCUGAGCAAAGCCGUGAAGAGAACCUGAUACCGUAUGCACCAGAGCUGCUGAUCCGAACAGAGUGGUUCAUCAACUAUAACCAGACUGUGUCAAGAGUGCGAGGAAUUCACACUGCCCCCUCUGGACUGGAGUCCACCUGCCUGGUGGUGGCAUAUGGUCUUGACAUCUACCAGACUCGUGUCUACCCCUCGAAACAAUUUGAUGUCCUAAAAGACGACUACGACUACAUGCUGAUCAGUAGCGUGCUCUUCGCCCUUUUCUUUGCUACCAUGAUCAGCAAACGCCUGGCAGAAGUCAAACUGCUCAACCGGGCAUGGCGAUAAAGUGAUCCGUGGAAUCCCGUCUCUGACAGCCCUGAGGCUGCAUGAAGGUCCUCAGCCCGAGGAGAUGAAACGGCUGGAGCCGUGCCUGAAGAAGAACACUGGUCUAAGGCCCAUAAUGAACUGCAGGGGUGAGGGGGCAGCAGGGUUGGGGAGAGAGUUAGAAUUAAUAAAGGUUUUACGUGUUUAUUUUUUAACUUAUUUUGCAAGCACAAGGAAUUAUUUCACAGUAGAACAUUUAUUUUUCUUCCUGUCAUUUUGAUUGGAAGUUUUUUUAACCCCUUUGCUGAUUAAAAUAGAAUGAAACUUGAAUUUAAUAAAUUGUGGAGUUUCUGUGGAGUGGAAAUUCCUGAAUAUGUGAACAUUAGAUGCUACAACAAUGUUAGUUUUUUUUUCCAGACUAUUUGUGUCAUUAGACUGUGCUAAUCAAGAGUAAUGAUUAAUUUGGUGGCUUGAGAAAAGAGAGACUCGGGUUUGCAACACAUGUGAGCAUGAUUUGGUACAAUGCCAGAGUUUCUACAUUUUCUUUUUGACAAAUACUAUUAAGUAAAAUGUCAUAUGAACUGUGACUAUGAAGGGAGAAGGUUAUUGUGCUUUUGUUAAGACUCUCCCUCCAAAGUCACCGUCCCUCUGACUUCACCUGACAUCUUUCAGGAAGAAAAAUGACCAUCAGAAGUUUUGUUUUUUUAAGUGCGUAAAUUUUCCUGCAGCUCAAACAAAUGUAAGCAGUUUUGAUCAUCCACUUAUGUUGCUGCUCCAUUAAAUUUUUUCUCAGAAAUUCA